UGACGGCCGGGGGCGGAGAGAGAAGUCACGUGGUGCCGGAAAUAAAGUGCGCAACUGUUUCUCAAGGUGUUCAUCACUGAUCGCCGGUCAAUAACACACUCCGUUAUCAAAUAACAUCGCGCAGAAAUUAAUAUCUGUUUUAACUGAGUGUUAAUCGACAUGACGCUGAACCGAAACCAUCACCCGAACGGAGGAGUCCUGAUCCAGGCCGGAGAGAGCAUCUUACGAGAAUGCAAGAACGUUGAACUUUCCUUCAGUGACGUCACGCCCAAAAACGACCUGUUCAAGGGGACCAAGAAGGGCUCCGUCUACCUCACUCAGUACAGGGUAACUAUAACCCACCCAAACACAGAUUCAUCCAUAACAUGUCCAAAUACAGGUUAACUAAUCUAUAGCCCA